UCACCUGAGGCGGCUCUGCCCAUUAUAACCUCCUCCCUGCUGAAGGCCUCAGCGAGUUCUCACCUGUGUGUGUCAGGCAGAGAGGACGUGUCCACCAUGCCCACCAAAAACAUGACCGACGAGCGCCUCACCAAAUUCAAAAACAAGGGGAAAGAUCCAGCUAAACUCCGGGAGAAAAGGAUCACGGAGUGCGUGGAGCUGCGCAAAGCGCACAAGAACGAGAGUUUCCUGAAGAGAAGAAAUAUAACACUGUCCUCUCUGCCGGACGAUGAUGCCCUGUCUCCUGACUACACCUCCAACGAGAAGGUGACCCCUUUAUCCAUCGAGGAAAUCAUUAAAGCUGUGAACAGCGAAUGCAAGGAGUCCCAAACCCGAGGCUGUCAGGCAGCCAGGAAGCUGCUUUCUCAGGAGCGUAACCCUCCUCUGAAGGAGAUUGUAGAUGCAGGUAUACUCUCUCGCUUUGUCUCCUUCCUGAGUAUGGAUGAUGAGCCGGCUCUGCAGUUUGAGGCAGCUUGGGCUCUCACGAACAUCGCCUCUGGAACAUCUUGGCACACUCAACAGGUGGUGGAACAUGGGGCUGUUCCUGCUUUCAUCUCCUUGCUGACAUCACCAAUGUUGCACAUCAGUGAACAGGCUGUCUGGGCUCUCGGAAACAUUGCAGGUGAUGGUCCAGCUUAUCGAGAUGUCCUGAUUGAGUGCAAUGUAAUCCCAGCCCUACUGUCCCGCAUCUCUCCAGACACACCAGUUGGCUACCUGCGCAAUCUUACAUGGACAUUGUCCAACUUGUGUCGCAAUAAGAACCCAUGUCCGCCAUUGUCUGCAGUCAUGCAGGUGCUUCCCUCGCUGAUCCAGCUGCUCCACCUCAGUGAUAAGGACAUCUUGUCUGAUGCAUGCUGGGCGAUCUCCUAUCUCUCAGAUGGUGACAAUGACCGCAUUGAUGUUGUGGUGAAAACUGGCAUCAUCCCUCGACUGGUGGAGCUCAUGAGCCACAAGGAGCUCAGUGUCAUGACCCCGGCUCUCCGCUCUAUCGGGAACAUAGUGAGCGGCUCAGACCUGCAGACCCAGGCAGCCGUUGAUGCCGGGGUUCUUAACAUCCUCCCUCAACUGAUGAGACACCCAAAGGCCAGCGUGCAAAAGGAGGCAGCGUGGGCAUUGUCCAACAUUGCUGCUGGGCCCUGUAAGCAAAUCCAACAGGUCAUCACCUGUGGCCUGCUCCCUCCACUGGUGGAGCAGCUCAGAAAUGGUGACUUCAAGACUCAAAGGGAGGCAGUGUGGGCAGUGACAAACUUCACCAGUGGGGGCACUGUGGAGCAGGUGGUCACUCUGGUGCAGUGUGGCGCUCUGGAGGCAAUCAUCAACCUGCUGCAGGUCAAAGAUGCUAAAGUCAUUCUGGUCAUACUGGAUGCCAUCAACAACAUCUUCAUGGCUGCAGAGAAACUCGGUGAGACGGAGAAACUCAGCCUGCUGGUUGAAGAGCUGGGAGGACUGGACCGCAUCGAGACACUGCAGAACCAUGACAACGAUAUGGUGUACCAGGCUGCUCACAACCUCAUUGAGCGGUACUUUGGUGAUCUGCCUGAGCAGGUCACCAUGAAGGCCCUUUGGAAAAGUUCUGAGACGACACCUACACAGGAGGCUGCAGUGGACCUAUCUCCAGCAACCAAAGAGCCUGUAAAAGUGAAGAAUAUGUCCUUUCAGGCUGCCAUUCAGAACAACACACAUGACUCAGUGAAGAUGUCUGGUGCUUCAGUACAGGACCUGUCAGGUCCAUCCGGGAUCAUCACAAUCCCUUUGAGCCUGUCUCCGGACUCCGUCGACGACAUGUACUACGGCUGCUCCCAGAAGAUGCUGAUCAAGGUGAAACGUCACUACCUCCCAAGGAGCACCAGGGAAGGUUUGCACUCCACCUACACAAAACUCUGUGCCUUCAAAGCCAUGAGGAGUAAGGACACCUAUGACCCUCUGUCCUUGAUUCACUUCAAGGCCCUGUGUGCCUACACGGCCGGGUCGUAUGAUGAGUUAAACCGAGCAGUCCGCAAGGGGAGGGCCUCCUACAAGACCUCGUUUGAGUUCCAUGCUCUCCACUUCCUGCUGUCAGACGCCAUCCGGCUCCUGAAAGUCAACCAGAGAAGCUGCUACACCACCUACCGGAGAAGCAGACUGCUCUUCAGCGGGGAACAAGGACAAACCAUCCGCUUCGGCUCAUUCGCCUCCAGCUCCUUGAACAAGGACCUGCGUCACUUUGGACGGAGGACCUGCUUUGAGAUCCACACGUGUUUCGGUGCCUACCUCAAGUCCUAUUCAGAGUUUGACUCAGAAGAGGAUGAAGUGCUGAUUCCUCCAUAUGAGAUGUUUAAUAUUGUCUCUGUGGACACGUCAGGACAGAAUGAUUUACAGUGUGAGGUUGUAUACAAGCUUGAGACCGCCGGAGUCCACAGCAGUCUCAACUGUCAGGCUGUGGAUCUUCUGUAGAAGCUGGUUUAAACAGUAUACACUCAAAUA